UGACCGGGGCGGGCCUCUGCAACAAAACUAUGACUUACAGAGGAACGCAUGCGGCCAUGCAGAGAGUGUCGUCAGGGUCCUCCGGUCGUCGCCUCCACGGCUCCACUGGGUAACUGAUGGACGCGUCCUGCACUGCAUGGUCUGCAUUUGUCCGCCCCGCUUCCCUUUUGCUGAUGGAAUCCCGGCUGCAGGUACCGGUUUAUGUCGCCUACUGCCUGCUUUGACGCACCCUCUCUCUCUCUCUUCUCUCUCUCUCCUCUCUCUCUCUCUCUCUGACUCUGAGAAAAGCAUAUAUUGUAUUCAUCUAUUAGUACCCAGACCGAAUUCUGUUCUAGCUAUAUAUAUGUGCUUCUUCCAGCAUCAGGCUGCUUAAGGCUUUACCGGCCAGUCAAUUCAAGCAGAGAGUGGCCAGUGCUAUCAAAAAGGGAAAGGUGAUCGUCUAUAUAUGGAUCCAUGCCGAGGAAGGAGUUCGUCAAGGAGGGGCUCCAUUGCUGCUGGAGCUGGACAUGGUCACUUUGAUGCAGACGACGAUGCAGCAGCACUAGUUCCUCCUCCUUACCGCCUGUUCCCGGAGCCGGAGGAGACGGCCGCCCGCGACAUCCAGCUCCGUCAGUUCUUCUCCGUGGAUCGGCGCCAGCCGCCGCAGCUGGAGGUGGAACGUUCAUACCUAUUAGGCAAAAAUGAUAAGCUCCGUCCGUCUAGCUUCGGCGAAGGAGUAACCGAAGGGAAGAUAAUCAUUUGUCGAACUUGAUGUUACCUUCAGACAGAGAAGGGCCAUGAAGGAUGAAAACGAGAGAUAUAUGGAACAUUUCUCAUAUUAAAAGUCGUACAUACCUUUCCCGACUAUGUACGUCAUUUGUACAUGGUGAGGCAUGCUCCCGUAACUAUGUACAAAUAUGUAUACUGGCCGAUCCUACAAAUAGGUGUUUAGUGCCACUGCUAUAGGGUUAACCAAUUGUAACCCCAUGUUUGUAUCACCUUCGUGCAAGACCACCUCCAAAAGGCAUUCGUCCUUGUGUACUUGUCAACAACUGAGAUCUUUGAAGGUUCAGCAUUCUAAAGGUCUCCUAUGUAAUGUAGUAUCUCUUGUUACUCCUUCGUGUGUAAAGGAUAAUGAAGCGGCUUGUUUUCUUACAAGCCUAACAUACAACUUGCUGAAAUGAUUUCACUUCGUACUUGUUACCUUCGCUAUCUGCUUUUCCUAUCAAAACUCUCAUAUAUUCAUCUUUGAACCCCUCGAAGGUGAAUAAAGGGGAGAGUUCACUUUAAUUAUAUUGCCCUAUUAUGGUUUCUUAUGUAGCUUCGAAAGGAAACUAACAUUUAGCGUCCACCUCUAGUGAACUCACUGGCUCGCACUACUAUGCCUCCGUGAAGGGGUGGCGAUGGUGUUGUUGGUUCUACUAUUGAUCCCGAAGGUCAAGAACAUGUUGAAGCUCUAUAGUUGAAUGCUACCCAUAGUGAUGUGCACUGGGUGAUCUGUUGCCACCUUCAACUCAUAUCAUAUGAUUUGGUGGCCGAAUUCAUGGUAGUAUUCAACUUGUCACCCUUACUAAUGUGCACUAUAUAAUCCAGUAGCACAUUCCAACCCUUUAGUAGAUCAUUCAAUGGCACAUUCCUUUUCUAUCAUAGUUAUUGUUUAGCAUUGCAUGGUACAUUAGGCCAAGUCAAGUUGAACCCUAUAAAAUUUGCCAAUUCAUAUACAAAUGUAUUCUUAACUAAUGUAUUUAGAUGAUGGUCAAUGUGUGAGCACCUAGAGAGGGUGAAUAGGUGACCCUACAAUAUUAACUCUAAACAAGACAACCUUAGUUUAUAAUACGUGUUAGUGAGAACUAAAACCAAGUUAGGAUAAAAAGAGAGAAGCGAUGAGAACUCUUCACUUGAUUGCUCCUUUAAGACGAGUAUUAAACUUAUUAGAGAACUCGAGAAGACAUUAAUCACAAUAAUUAAAAUAGACAAGAGACACAGCGAUUUUUACCAUGGUUUGGUCAAUGCCUACUCCACGUUGUGGUGACCUCCUUUGAUCAAGGGUUGCACUCAACCCCUCUCAAGUGAUCCAAAGACCAAACUUUAGUGUCACAAUUGUCUUCCUUAUAUCAAUAUCUCGUUGUGAGGAAUAUCCAUAAAUUAGAGUCUUUCACGCCUUACACAAAUGAUUACAAUCAAAAUCGGAGUAAGGAGAGGAGUAGAGACACACACAAGAGCAUAACGCAGCAACAACACGCACACAAGCAAAAGAGAGAGCGCACGAAUCAAAAUGACAGAGUCACAGCUCAAGAACGCACUCAAAUCUCUCUCUAACAAAUCACAACGUGCUCAAGGGGUGCUUGGGUAACAACUCCAUGCGCCUAGGGGGUCCUUUGUAGCCCCAAGGGACCUAUGAGCCAUUUGUUCUUCAUUUGGAAAGCUCUGGUUGUCUUUUGCCCGCGGGUGCACCGGACACUGCACAGUCGCCGAUUUGUUUCCUUCCCUGACGAAGUUGACCGUUGCCGACCAUUAGACAUUGUUGAUCACUUGGCACACCGGACAGUCCGGUGCAGUCUGGUGACCGUUGGCCAAGCUGGCGUGACCGGCGCCGAUUGCGCGGCCGACCGUUGUCGCAGACGCCCGGCUAACACCCCGGACAGUCCGGUGAAUUAUAGUCGGCGAAGUCCUCGCCAAACCCAAGAGCGACUAGUUUGGCUGGCUGGACAGUCCGACGAGGCCUAGACUGGCCCAAGUUUGACCAAACUUAGCCAAACAUCUUUUCUUGAAAUUGGCUCGAUUUGAGGAGUUUCCUAGCACUUAGAUGAACAUAGUUAGCAACUAAAACAAUUGACUAAGUGUUAUAAUCAUACAUUUGUUCCUUCAAUGCAAUAGGAUUUGCAAUAUGCUCCAAAAAUGCAAUUUUCUUAUAUUUCUCAAUUUGCUUUACAAUCACAUGUGCUCAUACUGAUAUGAGGAGACGUUAGUUCAUAGUAAUGUGUUGGACAUUUAAUCACCAAAACAGCUAGAAAUACCCAAGGACACAUUUUCCUUUCACAAUGGAGCUGACCCCAAUGCCUUUGUUGUCUGGCUUCGCCCCUGCUCUAAAUCAAUCCAUGAUUUAUGGUACCCAUGUCUCUUUUAUUGAAGUGGUUCCUUGACACAUUUUGAAGUCCAAAGGGUUUGGUUCACACACUUAUAACUCAUAUGUUAGUAUAGAAGUCCUAUAGUUGAUUCAAUAUUGUACGUUUCUAUGCUUAUUUCAAGGGGGUGGUUAUCACUCUUCCUAAUAAGGAUCAGUUGUAAAAGACAAUUUUGAUAAAAAGGAGCAAGCAUGAGAGAACCUUGAUUGAAUGCUCACAUCAAUAUAGGACAUUAAUUAAGUGUAGGGCUUGGAGGAUGCCUAUUGAAAAGAAAAGAACAUGCGCAAUUGAUGAUUGUCCUUUUUCUUAUAGUACCUAGUGUUUUUCAAACGUCCCAUGGACCAUCAACCUAAUGAUUCUUCAAGCUAUCCUAUACUACUGCUUGUCCAAGGUUGUCCCAUGGCAAAAUUUACUUUGGGUCAACAUUAUUUUAGUAUAUGGUAGGCCCAACAAGUAGAAAUUUUUAGCCCAAGCUAAGACAAAAUAUGUUCGGCCCAACGCAACAAUGCGCUAUGGCUAGGGUUUUUCUAUAUAAACCGGGUCCAUUCCCAUUCAUGAAUCACUCCCCUUCCCGUCUCGGGCUUCACCGCCGCAACACACGUACUCCCCCAAUCUACUAGUGUCUCUCCACCAAAUUUUUGGUCUCGGAUACAACCAAGAUGUCUUCAUCUUUGCACGACUUAACACCAAGGCAUCUUUAAUGAUUCCACGAGACUAUACUUUUCAUCAUAUAUAGAGGCCAGCUGGCGACAACAACUACCAGCAUUUUAUCCUGGAGGCGGCGUCACCGUCGCCGAUCCCUCCUCUCAACUGGCAACAAUGGGUGCACAGGAUGCAACUGCCCUGAGUGUUCAGCAGGGCCGAGCGAGGACAGCUGCUGAAAACCUCGUCCACGUCCCUGCCGCCCAGGUUUCACUUCCAGGUGCCCUAGCCCUAGGGAACUUUGAGCAAGAGCUCGGAGAAGACGCGCUGCUGCCGCCGGUGCUGAGCCAGGAGCAGCAGGACGCCGUGAAGAGAUACAACCAUCUGAUGGGGGUCCACGUGGCGUACUUCCGCGUGUGCAUCGACCCUACGGUGGCCAGUUCCAGGCGGCUCCUCCAGCAGGCAAUCCAGGAUCUCAAGAACCACUGUGCUGGCGAUGCUCUGGUGGCGCAUUAUUACGUGAACAACAGGAACAACAACGACCCAGCAGAUCAGCCAGACACUACUACGGCCAUUCGGCAGCAAGCAAUUGCUCGCUCUGCUGAUGCCUCCUCUCGGCAGCAUCAUGGCGCCUGCAGAGGAUUCAACGACCAUCAUGGCGGCGGCGUUGUUCCUUCCGUUCACCGGGAGGAGGAGGAAGCUCUGGCGGCUCCGGUGGUGGCGAUGAGCAUGAGCCCCGCCUUGCGGCUCGUGGACAUCAAGGGCAAAGUCGCAGCUUUCUGUGCCGAUCGCAACGGGAGCCGCUUCGUGCAGCAGGCGCUUGAGGCGGCAGCGCCGGAGGAGAUCGCCAUGGUUUACAAGGAGAUCAUGCCCUGCGUGCGCACGCUUGCCGUCGACAUGUUUGGAAACCAUGCCAUCCAGAAGAUUCUUGAGCAUGGGCCGAGGUCCUGCAAGCGAGGGGUCAUCAGUAAUCUGAUCGGCCAUUUGUUGCCCCUAAGCCUUGACAAGUACAGCUGCCGGGUGGUACAGAAGUCUUUCGACGUAGGGGAGCACGACCAGAAGGUGGCGAUGGCCAAGGAGCUCGGCAGCAAAGUGCUGAGGUGUGUCCGCGACCAGUUCGCGAACCACGUCGUCCAGAAGUGCGUCGAGUGCCUGCCGUCCAAGGACAUCCACUCCAUCCUCCGAAGCUUCUACGGCCGGGCCAAGGCGCUGUCCACCCAUCCCUUCGGCUGCCACGUCAUCCAGAAAGUGCUGGCCCGCUGCAAAGACCACGAGAUCUACCACGCGCUGACGGCGGAGAUCAUGGAGAACGUGAACAAGCUGGCGGCGGACAGGUUCGGCAACUACGUGGUGCAGCAGCUGGUGGAGCACGGAGGCGGCGCCAUGCGGUCCGCGAUGGUCAGGAGGUUCGCCGGCCGCGUCGUCGGCAUGAGCUACCACAAGUUCGCCUCCAACGUGGUGGAGAAGUGCCUGGCGUUCGGGAGCCAGGAGGACCGCCGGCUCAUCGCCGACGAGAUCGUCGCCGGCGGCGGCGGCGGCCAGCAGCAGCACUUGGACCAUCUCGUGGACAUGAUGAUCAACCCGUACGCGAACUUUGUGAUCCAGAAGAUGGUGGUGACGGCGGAGGAGCGGCAGGUGAGGUUGCUGCUGGAGGUGGCAAGUAGCAACGCGGCGAGCCUGGCGAGGUACGCGCAUGGACGGCACGUCAUCGACGCCAUGGAGAGGUUCCUUGGCGGCGCCAAGGCUGUUGUGCACGCAGACCCUGCUGCACUACCCUGCCGCCGCCGAUGAUGAGCUCGGCGGCUAGCGACACCGCCGACUGCAAUGGCUCCUCUCGAUCGAUCGUCGAUGCUGCAGCAAGGACCACUAGUACUGUCCACCCUGUACGUGAAGCUGGGCUGGCACAUAUGCAUGCAUGGCAAAAACAAGCCAUAUCAUAAUAAGACCAAAGGAAUAUGAAGGCUGCUUAGCGUCUUCAUAUAUCAUAUCGCAUCAGUAUACUCAAUUCGUCCGCUCGGUUUCUCCUUGGUGUAGAGUAUAAUAUAGGUGAAUUGUCCAUCUCCUCUCGUCAGCUUAAACUUUUGUGUUAAAUUGGUUGAUGCUUAGAACUUAAUAUGGUAUCAGAGCUAUAUAUAUGCCUCGAGUCCAAAAAUACUGGUUAUCACAAUUAAAUAAAAAUAAUUAUUGCUCGCUCUUA